CACAAAGUAGGAACUUCGCGCAUAUGAACUGAUUUUGUACUGCCGUCGAACAUACAACAAAUGUUGAACAGUUUAGAUUUUUGUCUUCUAUCCGUGUUUAAGUAAACCAUUUCCGCGGUCGGUAUCAAUGGCUGUAUCCAUGGUAGUGUAAAGCAAUUAUUUUGUAUUUAAGUUAAUUAAAAAGCGAAAAGUUAAAGCCAACAGCCAUAGCAGUAUGAUAGACACAGAGAAGAUGUCCUCAGGAGGGGAUGCCGCCGGUGUGAACCAGAAAGAAAAGAAAGAGAACGAAAAAAAGAAGAGAUCUCGGGUGAAACAGCUGCUGGCUGAAGUGAAGAAGCAAGUGGAAUUCUGGUUUGGUGAUGUGAAUCUUCACAAGGACAGAUUCAUGAAGAAUAUCAUCCAACAGUCACGAGAUGGAUAUGUUGACAUAUCUGUGCUGACGUCAUUCAACCGAAUGAAAAAAUUGACGACAGAUGUCAAGUUAAUAGCCAGGGCUCUUAAAAAUUCAGCAAUAGUGGAGGUAAAUCUUGAGGGAACACAUGUACGACGAAGGGAUCCCCUUGGUGAAAGCCCAAAAGAUGUGGACAACCGCACAGUUUAUGUGGAGUUGUUGCCAAAGACAGUGACUCAUGUUUGGCUGGAGCGAGUGUUCAGCAAGUGUGGAAAUGUGGUUUAUGUUAGUAUCCCCAGGUACAAGUCCACAGGACACCCUAAAGGGUUUGCAUUUGUGGAGUUUGAGACAGAGGAACAAGCACAGAAAGCUACUGAGAUGCUGAACAAUCCUCCAGAAGAUGCUCCAAGGAAGCCAGGCAUCUUCCCUAAGACUUGUAAGAAAAAGACUAUCCCUUUUGAUGCUGUGCAGGAUACACAAGAUUAUGAGGAGGAUGGCAAGAAAAAGAAGAAAAAAAGAUCUCGAAAUGAGCUCAAAAACAGUGCUUCUGAAGAAAUGGCUGUAAAUGAGAUGGACAGAGAAGGAAUGUUAGAGACUGCAGUUACCAAUGAGCCAAAGAAACAAUCAUCAGAUGAAUCUAAAAUGGAAAACCCUGCAAUACUGACCAGAAGAGCAAGCAAGAAAGUUGAGAAGAAAAGACGAAGAUCCCACAGUUCUGAGUCAUCAGUUGGACUAGCCCAAGAUGAUAUGCCAUCUAAGAAGAGAAAAGUAGAAGAGGAGGAAUAUGAGGAGAGUGAGAUGAAAGAUUUAUCAACUGAGAGCAAGAAUGAAGAACAGUUGGACUCUGAGAAGAAAGAUGAUUCUGCUUUGAAGGCCAAGAGGAAAAGAAAGAAGAAGCUCAAGGAGAGAUUGAAAAUAGGGGAGGAGGUCAUCCCACUCAGAGUCCUCUCAAAGAAAGAGUGGUUGAACCUGAAGCAGGAGUACCUGACACUGCAGAAGCACUGUAUGGCCCAUCUGAAGCAGUCAGUGGCUCAGAUCAACCAGAAGUCAGUGAAGUAUGACAUCAUGCAGACUAAUGAGAAUGAGAACACUUCUUGUAAGGAUACAGCUAAGAAAGAAUCCCCUUCUGGCCCCAAGUUUGUGAGUGGAGUCAUUGUCAAGAUUAGCUAUAACCAGCCCCUGCCAAGCAAGAGGUGCAUCAAGGAUUCACUGUCUGAGGUGUCUGCUGUGGCUUAUGUGGACAUUCUUGAUGGAGAUACAGAGGGUUACAUUCGCUUCAGGACUCCUGAAGAUGCACAGACAGUUAUCACAGCCCAAUCAGAACUUCAGAAAAAAUACAACUGGAACCUUGAACUCCUUUCAGGUGACCAUGAGCAGAGGUACUGGCAGAAGAUUUUGGUGGACCGACAAGCAAAGCUAAACAGUCCUAGAGAAAAAAAGCGUGGAACAGAAAAGCUCAUUUCUAAAGCUGAGAAAAUCAUCAUCGCUCGGGCCACAGAAGCAAGUAAACAUACCCGCUUUGAUGAUUAACAGUCUGAGCAAUAAUUCUUUCUACAGAAAACAGAAAAAAAAAAAAAAAAAUUAAAU